AUGGAGAGUGACUCUACCGAUCCAACGUCUCCUUACAACGGACCGAGUCUCGGCGCCACCAUCCUCAGAGACGAAAGCCCGCUGGAGUGCUACCUCCGUAGCGACUGCUCUUUCGACGGUGCCUACUUCCUCGUCCUCAUCCGAAGCUCAAGCCAGCCGGCUGGCACAAUGGCCACUCCGACGAUUGACGACGCACGUUCUACCGCCCGCCGAAACUCGUGGCCCCUCGGGCAGGGGCAACCUCACGUCCCGCGUAAUUCCGGCAGCAGUCUGCGGGUAUCUGCAUCCACUGCGGACUUCGACUCCCGUUCCGAUUUCAUCUCGAACACCGCUACAACGGCGAAGAAGAAGGCGAUGAAGCUACGGCUUGAGCUGGAGAGGAUGCCGCUCGGGGAGGAGAUAAGGCAGCUCUUCUUUGCUCGGAAGCCUCGCGGUGCGGCCCCGAUCCUUUUCAGCUCCACACGUGGGGUCGGACGCGGGGAGGUCGGCGUCUCGGGAGCGAACUCAGGCCUCCUCGGCCGAUCCCGACUGGACGCCGCAAACGAACAACAAGCCACUCCCGACCUGCUCCUCCGCCCUCUACGAGCAAACCUGGGCGCCGUCGCCGCCGUCGGCGUCGGCGCCGGCCUCGUCUACGCAUACGCCAAGCCCAAACCUCCUACCGUUUUUGGCGGCUUCAACCCGCAAUACCUGCGCCUCGACAGCGUCGAGCAAGUCAACCACAACACCAAGCGCCUGCGCUUCGCCUUUCCGAACCCCGACGACCUCUCCGGCCUGCCAUUGACCU